AUGGAUUCGGCUGAGCUGCUCACUUCCAUCUGCUGUGAGCACCUGUUCCCUUUCCGGAUACCGAAGCUAUACUUUGCCGACAUCAAUCGGGAAACCACGAACUACGUCCUGAUUGUGGAGCGCAUUCCCUUCGGGAGACGUGGGAAGGUGGUGAAAGGAAAGGUGACGGAGAAGAUCGAAAGAAAACCUUUCGAGAUCUUGCCUGUGUGUGGCAAAUACCAGGACUAUUUGCUGGAGGAUGCUCCCAGCAUUUAUUAUGCGCUUUUCCGUGAGAUGGCUCAUUUGGCAGCUUGGGACCAUCAAGGCCGCUACGAUGCGUUCUUGGGGCCGAUGACGAAAUACACGGAGCAGGAGUACUUGGACCAAGUGAUUCGAGUUCGAAAACCGCAGAAACAGAAGAAGAUGGAGGUGCUGAAAGGUGGCUGUCAGUCCAUGAUCGAGAAAGGAAUCGACUUUGCGCUGCAUGUUGCUUCGCAAAUUUUUACGGCCUCAGGCCGAGACAGGGCAAAGCUGGAGAAAAUGAAGAAGGAGAUCGUGGAAAUAGCGCCGUACUUUGAUGACAUCAGGUCAUACAUGAACAACUCGAGCGACUGGACGGCGGCCAUGCACAUGAACCUCCAAGCGGACAAUGCUUGGUUCUGGCAUGAUGAGAUGGGCGAUCUAGAUGUUGGAGUUUUUGAUUGGUGUGGCUUCGGGCGUGCUCCGUUCGUGAUGAAUUUCAUGGGAUGUCUGAGUGGAGCCGAAGCAGACAUGCUCGAUGCCCACGAGGAGGGUUUGAUGAAGAUGUUCUGUGACGAGUAUGAGAGGUACGGUGGUCCACAUUUGGAGCCUUCCGAGAUGCUCCUGAAGUACCACUUGCAGUGGCCUUCCUUCGCCAUGGAUGCUUGCCAAUGGGUGGAGAGAGACAUCUACGUCCAGUGCCCUCGGGAGGAGUGGAGCACCGUAAAGUCGAUGCUCGAUGACAAGUUCGUUGAUCGCUGGAAUGUCAGAUGUCGCGGAACUACUUUGGUGAAUGCUUUCGAGUUUUGGCACCGAAGAAAUUUUAGCAAGAUCUUCAACGAUUGGAUCUCCGGGCCUGGCAAAGAAUACAGGUCUGUCUACAGCGCCUAG